AGCAAGAAAGUUUGACAAGUCUGCCUCAGUUUCACCGUGGUCCCAAACUUGGAUUUCCAGAAAACAGUGACUGAUAUCGAGACUUUAACGGAGAAAGUACCUCCGGACUCUCUUCCUUCAUCUCAGAAACUUUCCAGCUAGGUCUCCCUGAUCAUGGGUGACUGGAGCGCUUUAGGAAGGCUUCUGGACAAGGUCCAGGCCUACUCCACCGCUGGAGGAAAGGUCUGGCUCUCCGUCCUCUUCAUCUUCCGAAUCCUGGUCCUGGGCACGGCCGUGGAGUCAGCCUGGGGCGACGAGCAGUCGGCCUUCAAGUGCAACACCCAGCAGCCCGGUUGCGAGAACGUCUGCUACGACAAGUCGUUCCCCAUCUCCCACGUCCGCUUCUGGGUCCUGCAGAUCAUCUUCGUCUCCACACCAACGCUCCUCUACCUCGCCCACGUCUUCUACCUGAUGAGGAAGGAGCAGAAGCUGAACAGGAAGGAGGAGGAGCUGAAGGCAGUGCAGAACGACGGCGGAGAUGUGGAUGCGCCGCUGAAGAAGAUCGAGCUGAAGAAAGUCAAGUACGGGCUGGAGGAGCACGGGAAGGUCAAGAUGAAGGGCGCCCUCUUGAGAACCUACAUCGUCAGCAUUUUGUUCAAGUCCAUCUUCGAGGUGGGCUUCCUGAUGAUCCAGUGGUACAUAUACGGCUUCUCACUGUCCGCUGUCUACACCUGCGAGAGAGACCCCUGCCCGCACCGGGUAGAUUGCUUCCUCUCCCGACCCACGGAGAAAACGGUCUUUAUCAUCUUCAUGCUGGUGGUGUCUCUGGUGUCCCUGAUGCUGAAUGUUAUCGAGUUGUUCUAUGUCUUGUUCAAAAGGAUCAAAGAUCGCGUGAAAGGGAAAGAUAACCACUACCCUACCAGCGGCACCCUGAGUCCUGCUCCCAAGGACAUGUCCCCGACUAAGUAUGCCUACUACAACGGCUGCUCUUCCCCCACCGCCCCCUUGUCCCCAAUGUCACCCCCUGGGUACAAGCUGGCCACCGGGGAGCGGACCAACUCCUGUCGCAAUUACAACAAACAAGCCAACGAGCAGAACUGGGCCAACUACAGCACCGAGCAGAACCGACUGGGCCAGAACGGCAGCACAAUCUCCAACUCCCACGCGCAGGCCUUCGACUACCCCGACGAUGGCCACGAGCACAAGAAAAUGGCCGCCGGCCACGAGCUGCAGCCGCUGGCCCUGAUGGACCCCCGGCCCUCCAGUCGGGCCAGCAGUCGGAUGAGCAGUCGGCCGAGGCCGGACGACCUCGACGUCUAGCCCCGCCCCUCGCUAGGUGAUUGACAUGCCAGAGAGCAGGAAGCACGGAGAUGUUCUCGUGUGCCAAGGGGUGGUACUUCCCCCAUUCGCUGUCCUCACUACAGACUCUAGUAAACACAGAGACGAAAAAGAUACUUACACUGCUGGAGGUACUAUCAAUUAACAAAGACUACGAAACUAGCGGAGCUAACAAGCUUUAACAAUCAAACAACUAGAGGGCGACGAGCACGAGAACGUGUUCUGACAGUGCCAACAGUCCCAGGUCUCCCUCUAGAGGAGUAUGCCUUGGUAAUAAUGUUUGGUUUUGUCUUUCCUGUAUAGGUUUUUUUGGUAUUCCCACACAAAUAACAUUCCAUUUAGAAAUAUUGCACUUCAAAAUCUACCAAUGUGUCUUUUUUCCAUGUCUGGAAAGUGGUUUGAAGAAACAGUUGGCUCUUUUUUUUUCUCCCAGUUCCAUGACCACCAUCUUUCUGUUGUCAGUUACAUCUUGCAAAACAGGGUUAUGAAUAGGUUACUUGUGCUCAAUAUCAUGAGUUAAUAUUUAUUUAUUAGUAUAAGUAUGCAGGACAUCCACCACUAGACGAAGAUUGACUACUACCCAAGGUCAUAUCCAUAUUAGUAAUAUAUGAAGUCACAAGACCCAACACCAUAUUUAUUGAUAAUAAUCCAAAUUUCAGCAAUACCUUUUCACUGCAGUUAAGAGUUGCUUUUAUUAACGAUAGUGGACUGUCAUUUCCUGAUAAACUUUGAAUUUAUGUGGUGUCAGUUGUAUUAUUUGAUAUAUGUUGUCUUGGGAUUUUGUGGGAAAGUAGAAGUGUGGAUAGAAGCUGCUGUAAGACAAAUAUGCAGCUUGACAGUUUUUAUUUUACUUUUUUUUGCUAAAUGUGAGUCUCUGAAAGAAAGGCUUUAUUUUAUCUCUAUUUGUUAAUUGUAUGUUAUUGUGUUUUCUUUCCUUUUUGGAAUGGGAGAGGGGGGCAGUAGAAAAAGGUUCUCGGUUUUACACUUGGCGUGAAUGAAUUUUUUUUUUAAACAAUGUAAUCAUUGCUGCUUGAGAGAUAGUUUUUAGUACUGUAAAUCAAGCUAACUGUGUCACAAAUGUGAGUUUUUUAGAAGACUGCUUUAUAGAGCUGGACUAAUAUUUAGUCAAAUAUAUUAAGAGGUAUAUGCCAUUGUAGCUCCACAACUACCAAACACUCGUAGAUGGAAUUUCAAUUGGACUCUUUUGUUUUGUUUUGACAUUGCACCAUAGUAUUUUGGUACUCGAACACAGAGGUUCAUGGAUUUUUCAGCUACAAUGAUGUUUGCACUGAUACUUUGGCUAGGGUGUAAUAUGAUGCAAAAAGUGGCAAAUGUUUCCUAGUAUGCAUGUUACUAAUUUAUUUACAAUACACCAGGCAGUAAAUCACUACAUUCAAACAGUGCUUCCUCUUGACACCUGAGCCCACUCUUGACGUUGCAAGCCCAACCAAACGCAAGGUCUUCCAUUCACAAAACAAACUGGGAUAUCUAUUUGCUGGAUGAAGUGCAGUGUGGUCAUGUUUUUCCAUGGAAAUCCACUGUUGUACAGUGUGUAAGUGCAUGAUAGCAACAAAAUGUCAUUCAUUAAUCAUAUCUGUGAAAAGGCUAUUUUAACCAAUAAAGAUUUUUUUUCUUUCUUA